GCUGGAGGCAGCAAUAAACAGAAGGAAAAUCUGCAGCGGAAAAAAAAUAGAGGAGAGGAAGGGAAAAAAAGCUGCAGAUGUUAUGAUCUGAAACAUUAGUGUAACAUUUUUACACGAAGCCCUUCUUCUAAGAAGAAAGCCUUUUAUUUUUAUAUCAUGGUGUUUUAACUACCUCACUUUAAAGGCUAUCUAAAGCUAUGCUUUAAGAAUUGUUGUCGUUUCUACUGUGUGUGAUCUCGUUUACAACUUCAAUAAUAUUGCAAAGGCAGGCCUUUGCUCCAAACCAAGUGAAACCUUACAUUUGCACUACAGAAGCCCGCCCACUCCUGUUUGUCAAAACCGAGAUCCAGCAAAGGGCUUCAAGUGAAAAAAAAGAGACUUCCGAAAAAUCAGACAAAGAAUUGCAUAAAACAGCAACAAGCGAAACAUAAAUAAAAAUUUCAAAGGCAGCUAAAGCUUUUUUUUUUUGUGAACGACAAAAAACACCCCAGUUUUCAACACCUGACAAUACAAGCAGUCAUGUUUCAACGUCUGAGCAACUUGUUGUUUGGGGAGGUAGAAGAGGUGGCAGCUGAGCUGAAGGGACCCAACCCCUGUGUGACGGAGGCCGAUGAGGAGGGAUGGAUGCUCGUCAACUUGCCUGAAGAAUCUGAGUGCAUGAUGCAAGCUGAGGAUGAGACGGGAGCCCCACUUAUUGUACAUUCAUUCCCAGACAGUAACCAAUCAAACCAUCAAGACACACUAACACGGACUGAAUGCCCGGCUCCAGUUCCCCACCCGCCUCACAAGCGCCGUAGGACACAUAAAGGUCGGGCACGAGGUGCGGUAGUAUCAUCAGACCCCAUGUCUUGUCCCAGCGCUAGCCCAUCAGACUUGGGUGCCACUACACCCGUGACCCUGCCGAGACGGGCCAGACUGUCCACGCCCUCCUCCAUGCUGUCAAUGUCCCCUGGCUCUGGGAGUGAGUGUGGGGGCAGUGGGGGUAGCAGUAGGGCAGGCUCAGAGAGAGGCUGCAUGGAUGAGAGCUGGUUUGUCACCCCUCCCCCCUGUUUCACUGCAGAGGGAGCCACAGCAGAGGCCAGCCCGAUGGAGGACCUGCUCAUCGAGCACCCCAGUAUGUCCGUGUAUGUCUCCCCGAACAACCUGUCCAUGGUCUCCAACAGCAACCUUUCUGUGGUGGGAGAGGAAAGUAUCGUGAGCCUGGCAAGCAGUGUGAGCAGAGUGGCUGAACCAGCUGCUGCUCCCGCUACCCGCAGCACUAUGCCCACCAGGGUGAGCCGUGGAGCAGCUGCCCAGGCCGGAGCUCUGGCCAAGGUCACCCAAGUGGCCAGGGUCCAGCGUGGCAAAGCCCGCAUCGAGAGGCGCCAUCUGGGCCGCAACCGCAUCCAACGCCAAAACCGCACCAGGGAGCAGGUUCCUCGCCACGCAGCCCAUGCCAGAAACACCUUCCUCCACCAGCCCAGCAAGCGUAACUUCUGCCACUAAACUCCCAAGCAACCAGGGGCCAUCGUUUACUCUGAGGGCAUUAGUAGUGCAUAGUCAACUCCAAGACACACACGAUUACAUGUAUUCACCCGCAGCAUAUUUGCUUUCAUUUCUGCACAGUAUAUCAUAUUACACACAGAUACCAGUAGCCUGAGCUUUUCUGUUUUGGUUUAUACACAAACUGAUUCCACCUGGUAGUUUUAUGCCCCAUUCUGCUGUUAUGAACCAAGCCUCCACCUCCAAGUAGAUCUGAGUAGAACCUUACAUACUUAUUGUCCAUUGCAGUAUCCAAACAACUAAAAAAAAAAAGUCUUCAGAAUAUUUAUACAGGUUAUACUUAGUAACAAUAAUAUCUGAAAAACAACAAAAAUGUUUAGCUCUAUUAAUUUUUUCUCCUAUAGUAGUAAAAUAUUCUCCUUUCUUUCACUCUUCCUUGAGGCAUGUUUUGUAUUAAUUCAACCAUUAAAUCCAUUGAAAUAUUUUAAUAUUUAAAAUACUCAAAAUUGGAGAUAAUAAUUUGAAAUUUAAAUAACAAAGUGGACUUUAGUCUAAUUGGAGAAACAGACUUUUGUUUGGUGGAAACCAUGCUAGGCAGAGACAUGUUAGCAUCUUUACAGAGAAAACAACUCAUCUCUCCUAUGAUUUAUAUUAAAGAGGAUUGUAUCCAAAUGUAACUUUAUUUUUGUUCAGAAAAGGUGGAAGGAUAUACCGUGUGUGAUAACAUUGAGAAAAAAAUCACUAGACAUUGUUUUCUCCAGUUUUGUUCACCUGAGUCAAAAAGAGGAAGGUAACGAAAUGUGGGGCAGCCCAUUUCAUCACAGGAAACACAUGUUGUCACUUUGUGAAGGAUAAGAGCAAGUAGACGAUGGUGAGAGGAUGAGCAAAACAGACUAAAGAGUAAAAUAACUGAAUUAGAACUAGAUAGUAUUAAAAGAAAUGUGAUUAACACGAAAUGCUGGUAGGAAAGUGUAAUGUAACCCUCUGAGCAGCCUGUGAGUGAGCUUUAAACAUUUAUUAACUUUAUUAAAGAGCAUUUAGACUGUGCCCUUUUGCAUAUCUCAAAUGUUUUUCUCUGGACAGUGAAAUAAGGUAGCCUCUUUUUGUUAACAUGAAUAUAGUUGUUAUUGAUAUUAACAAGGAUUAUGAAUGUAGUUAAAGGAUAAAGGUGCCUUUGGGUUACAGGGUAUGGCAGGAUAUAGUAAGUGUAGAGCGGUAUUGAUGGUAACUCUUUAUUUUGUUUUGUUACAUUGUUUUCUGCUAUAUAUUGUAACAUUAUUUUACAGUCUUUCACUCUGCAUGGUUCCACCAGAAAGCCUGUUUCUGAUUGACGAAAAGAAAGUACACGUUUGGCUUUUAAAGCCAAUAAAGUAGAAGAUAAAAAAUCACUCCCCGUGGAUCAAACACAGCAUGAUGAUCAUUAAAUGUGUGGUCUGAAAACCGAAGUGAUGUGCCCAGCACACAUCAGCCAUCCACAUGGUGUGUGCUGUGAUCUUAUCCAUGUGAACACCAAAAAAGAACGAUCAAUAUACACGUCAGUCCCUUUCAUUAAAAAAGUCACUGACUGAGGAGGCAACUGUCAGGAGAAAAGGGGAAGAAACGUCUCCUUAAAGUUCCAGCAACAAACAUCUUCCCCCUACAACACAUUCAAAAACUAUCAUCUUGCUUAUGGAUGUGCAACCAGUUGCUUUUUUUAAACUUCCUCAUAACAUGUACUCCAUCACCGUCUCUUUCUCAUUAGCACAUCUAACAGUGUCCACAUAAAGAUCUAGCUAACUGAUAUGUAUUCAAAAACAAUAGUAAACAAUGGUGCUGAAGUGUAUACUAAUGUUUGUAAAUUAUUUGAGACAUGGAUGUAAGUUUGCACUGUCAUACAUUUUGUGAGUCCAAGUUUUAGCGGUGUGCUGUGUGCUUGUUUUUCUUUUUCUUUUGUGAUUUUUUUUUCUUUUUGUUUUGAAUCAAACUGUGUGUGAGAAAGUGUACUGACACGUUAAUGCUAGAAACUCUUAAAAAAAAAAAACAUGAAUAAUAGUCAUUUAUUUCUCUUGUAAAUAAUUACAAAACAAUUUAUAACGCUCCAUUAGAUGUCAAAGCCUCUCAGGACUUGAGUCCACAACGUUGUGUCCAAUGGGACUGAUGAGAAUCCUCUCUCUGCCUCACCUCUGUGCUCAUUAUUAAACCAAGAGGGCAUUUCAGUGGCCAAAAGUGGUGUCUUUGCCCCAACUUCAGUCUCGUGUCAUUGAGAUGCACCAUAAAGUCAGCACUAGACUCAGAGUUGAUGUGCCAUAGGCAAACACUGCCCUCCAGAGGGUCCACUUAGCACAGCACUUGCUGUAUGGAUACUGGUGAGGAUACAGUACAUUGACAUAGUUUUAAUACAGUCUGUACUGGUGUAUUCAAAGGACAGAUUGAGAGUCUCGGAGUUCAUUUUUUUGGAAAAUGGAAAAUGUGUUGUCUUGCUCAGAUCAUCCAGAUACGUAAGAUGAAUUAUCUUCCCUUGAAUCACAUACCACAACUGUUUAAUUUCUGCCAAUAAUCCUAUAAAUGACUUUGUUUUAUUCAAACUUUCUGUUAAUUUAUGAAAUAAUUAUAAAUAUUAUCUUUUUUUUCUGUUUUAAAGAUGACUAUUAUGUAUUCCGUUGAUUCCUCCAAACAGUGCAGGGGUUAGCUCCAAGGUGAUGAGUUUAAUAGACACACACUGUCACACACACACAUAAACACGUUGUGAUCUCACUUCCCAGGGGCGUCCAAACUGAUAUUGCCUCUGAGGUUAAAUUUACUUUGCCUGUUGUAUUAACAUACUUAAGUAGUGAAAACAGGAUAAUACUGAGAUCACAGGUGUGCGCAUGUGUGUGUGUGUGUACAUAAGUGGGUGUGUAUGCAAAAUGUAAAAAUCACCACAGAUAGCUCCUGCCGCUGCAAACCUGUCCUGUUUUCCUUCAUUUUAUUAUCUUUCCUUUCUCACCAGUGUCAUGUAAAAAAGGAAAUGUGUUCUCAGUAUGUUGUGUGUGAUUAAUGAAAGGUGUGGUUUCAGAGUGGAAAUCAUCAAACGACAAGGAGAGAGAGUGGUCACCCAAUGUGUCACACCUGAAUGACGUGAGGGAUGUGGACAGGGAAAUGGAUGAGGCAGGAGACAGAUAGUUUAUAUUUAAAAAAAAAUAAAUUAAUAAAUGAAAUGUAAUGUAUCAUAAAAUACAAUAGAAUAUGCUUGUAUUUUCCCAUUUAGUUAUUAGAACAGUCAUUCACCAAUAGGAUGUUUAAAUGAAAGGCAUUGAAUGUCUGGGGAGUUUCAUAUAUUUAUGUUGUGCCCUGAAAUGAUGGCAGCUUAAAAACACAUGGGGUUUCGUCCAUGUUACGUCUCAAUUAGUACACCUCUCCCCCAAUAAAAAUGAAAUAUAUAAAAUUUGGUGUAUCUGAUAUCUAUGGUGAUUGUGCCUUUCACUAUUUCUGCAUGGUUUUUGUGAUGUACUGAUUUUUCCAUCCCCAAAGUGGAUGGUUGUCCACUGACAGGCAAGACCUAUGCAAAAAUCAACUGAUGGGUUUUCCAGCAUUCAUUCAGAAAAAAGAGGUACCCGCCAAAAACAACAACAACAAUAAAUACUCAGGUUAA